CUCUCGCGUCAAGCAAUUCACCGUAUACAUUCCCUGGGCUUCCUUUCUAGCCUUGCACAGAAAUAACACAAUGGCCACAGCAACACGAUCUGCCCCGGGUGCAGCCAGCUGCCUUCUAAUCGUCCUAGCAACCACCACCCUGUCCAUGGCCACCUCCUCUUCCUAUGCCGGAGAAACAUCCAGCAGGAGCUGCAUCGCGGCUGAGAGGGCGGCGCUGCUCUCCUUCAAAACCGGCAUGACAAGUGACCCUGCAAAACGACUGGACUCCUGGAGAGGCCAUGACUGCUGCCAGUGGAGCGGGGUCACUUGCAACAACCGGACAGGCCACAUCGUCGAGCUCAGCCUCCGCAAUGCCUUCAUCAAAGAUGAUACGAAUUUUGUUUGGUGCAUGCCUCAUGGGGAAUCCGGCGGAUUGGAGGGGAAGAUAAGUUCUUCUUUGCUUGCUUUACAACACUUGAAGCAUCUUGAUCUAAGUGGAAACAACCUCGGGGGGGUAGGUGUGACCAUACCAAAAUUCUUAGGCUCCAUCAAGAGCUUGACAUAUCUGAACCUUGCUUGCAUGAAUUUCGAUGGGGGAGUGCCACCUCAACUUGGUAACCUCUCUAGGUUGCUCCACCUUAACCUUGAGGCCACUGUUUUCUCUCAUACUCUUUUGCAUUCUGAUGACAUAUCAUGGUUAUCUCGCCUUGGUUUACUAAGAUCCCUUGACAUGAGUGGAGUGAACCUCAGCACUAUUCCUGAUUGGGUUAGGGUGGUCACCAUUGUUCCUUCUCUGGAAGUCCUUCAACUCAGUCAAUGUGGACUCAGUUUACAACAUGAACCCAGACUGCAUUCAAAUCUGAGUUCACUUCAGGUGCUUGAUCUAUAUGGCAACAGAAUUGACACGUUGAAUCCAACCUACUGGUUCUGGGAUGUCCUCAUCAUCAAGGAACUUGACCUUUCAAGUAACAAAAUAGUUGGCCAACUUCCAGAUGCAAUCGGAAACAUGACAUCUCUUCAGACACUGAGGCUAGGUGACAAUUACCUCUCAGGUGUAAAAUCUGAACUGUUCGGAAACUUGUGCAACCUCAGCUGGCUAGAGCUGUGGUCAAAUGAGAUCGACCAGGAUAUGUCAGAUUUUAUGGAGGGGUUUCCGGUGUGUACAAAGAGUAAAUUGCGGUCCCUAGAUCUGUCUGCUACCAACCUUACUGGCAGGAUUCCAAGCAGUAUUAAGCAGUGGAAAAAUUUAAGUGAUCUUCAACUCUCUGAGAGUAGGCUUGUGGGAUCAAUACCUUUGGGAAUUGGCAAGAUGACUAAUCUACGGUCAUUGAUUCUAAACAACAACCAGUUGAAUGGUUCUGUAUCAGAGGAACAUUUUGCAAAUCUAGUGAACUUGAUGGAACUGAGUUUAUCUCACAACCCUGUACACAUCACUAUCAGCUCAAACUGGAUCCCCGCAUUUAACCUGGAAGUGGCUGAUUUUGCAAAUACCAAAAUGGGACCUCACUUUCCAUUGUGGCUUGAAGGACAGAAGGAUAUUUUCGAACUUGACAUUUCAGAUACAGGCAUAGUUGAUCUUGUCCCUGAUUGGUUUUGGACUGUACUCUCCAAUGUCAGCUAUGUAAAUAUCUCUUGUAAUCAAAUAAGUGGUCGGCUGCCAGCAACACUGGAAUUUAUGACUUCUGCAGAAAUGCUUGACCUCAACUCAAAUGACUUCACAGGUUUGCUGCCACUGCUACCAGAAUCGUUAUUGUUCUUAGAUAUCUCCAGGAAUUCUUUAUCGGGACCACUUCCCCAGGACUUUGGAGCUCCAAUGCUUAGAGAGCUUGUAUUGUUCGCAAACCAUAUCAAUGGAACAAUUCCAAUAUAUAUAUGUCAACUGCAGUAUAUGAGAGUGUUGGAUCUUUCAGAAAACCUUCUAGUAGGACAACUUCCCCAAUGUUCAAAAGGCAGAGAUGAUAAGGAAGAACUGAACACAACAGUAGAUCCCGGAAACAGGCAAUUGUCGGCUCUGAUCUUGCACAGCAACAGCCUGUCUGGCGAAUUCCCUGAAUUCUUGCAAUACAGUCCCCUUUUGACACUACUUGAUCUUUCCCACAACAAGUUCGAAGGAGAGCUACCAACGUGGACAUCAGGGAAAUUGCCAUAUUUGUCUUUUUUGUUGUUACGGCAUAAUAUGUUCUCUGGUUCUAUUCCACUUGAGCUAACAGAGCAAGUACAUCUCCAAUUCUUGGACAUUGCAAAUAAUAGAAUAUCAGGAGCUAUACCUCGUGGUUUGGCCAACUUAAAAGCAAUGGCUCAAUAUAGCAAAAUAAGAUCUGAUAACCCCUUGGAGAGCAAGUUCGGAGGUACAGGAGUAGACAACCACAUUGCAGCAAUAAAAUAUGAUGACAGCCAACAAAUAGUAAUGAAAGGUCAACAACUUUAUUACACCAGUGCAAUUGUAUAUAUGGUUGGCCUUGAUUUCUCCUGCAAUAAUCUACUUGGAGAGAUUCCAGAAGAAAUAGCAUCCCUUUUUGGGCUGAAGCUUCUGAAUGUUUCCCAUAAUCAGUUCACUGGAAAGAUUCCAGACAAGAUUGGCCUGCUGCGAGGAUUGGAAUCUCUUGAUCUCUCAUUCAACGAGCUUUAUGGUGAAAUUCCGUGGAGUCUGACAGAUAUAACAACACUGAGCCACUUAAAUCUGUCCUAUAACAAUCUUUCUGGAAGAAUACCCUCGGGAAGUCAGCUACAGACACUUUCUGAUUCAGAAUCCAUGUACAUCGGCAACAACUAUCUAUGUGGGCCUCCUCUAUCCAUGAGCUGCUCACGACCCGAGGUGACUGAAGAUCACCAUGAAGGUAACAAUACAAAUAACAGAGAUUUGUAUCUCGGGCUGGCUGCAGGGUUUGUCGCGGGACUUUGGAUGGUCUUUGUCAUCUUCUUAUUCGUGAAGACCUGGAGGGUUGCCUACUUCCAACUGUUAGAUAAUCUCUACAAGGCAAGAUGCAAUUGUCUGUGGCCAAAAUAUCCACAAACUGCUGGUGCUUCACUGAAGACUGGACCCUAAAGAGAGACUAGCUUGGGCUUUCUGAUUCUCCUCCUAUCUUCUGCUCUUGAUCCAUGCUUGUAUUCCCGCAUUUCACUUGUACUCCAGGAGGGUUAAGUAUUUGAUGGACUGUUGCUUCUUGCUGCUUGUCGUCAUAAAGCAAGACAAAAUAUGAUGAAGCGAGACAAGAUCCAGAGUAUAGAUAUCAAAGACUUGCCUUUGUAACAGAACUUGCAUUCAUGAAAGAUAGGAAGUCUGCCAAA